AAAACCUACACGUCAUUUGAAAAAGUUUGUGCCAGUCUGUGGGAAGUUGCUGACUUAUAGAAAAUCCUGAUUAAUAGGGCUUGGGACCAGUGGGUAAUUCUGCUGCAGAAAGGAAGACCUAGGAACAAAUAAAAACCACUGUUUGUAGUCUCCCGCAGGUCUUUAGAUUCCCAGUGGCUCAGGUGCACUUGGGCAGACCAAAGAUGAGAGCCAGUCAGCAGGACUUUGAAAAUGCAGUGAACCAAGUGAAACUCUUGAAGAAGGACCCAGGAAACCAAGUGAAGCUGCAACUCUAUGCGCUGUAUAAGCAGGCCACAGAUGGACCCUGUAAUGUUUCUAAACCAGGAGUGUUUGACCCAGUCAAUAAAGCCAAGUGGGAAGCAUGGAAUGCCCUUGGCAGCCUCACACAGGAAACUGCCAGGCAGAACUAUGUGGAUCUGGUGUCCAGUUUGAGUUCCUCAUCUGAAGCCUCUAGCCAGGGCAAAAGUGGAACUGAUGUGAAAGUCCAGGAGUCUAAGGACAUUGUGGUAACCUCUGAAGAUGGCAUCACGAAGAUCAUGUUCAAUCGGCCCUCCAAAAAGAAUGCCAUAACUUUAGAGAUGUAUCAGGACAUAAUACUUGCCCUUAAAAACGCCAGCACAGACAACUCAGCCAUAACCGUUUUCACAGGAGCUGGUGACUAUUACUGCAGUGGGAAUGACCUAACUAACUUCUCAGGAGUAGGAGUCCCUGGUGGAAUGGAAGAGGUAGCUAACAAGGGUCCUAAGUCUCUGAGGGAAUUUGUAAACUCUUUUAUAGACUUUCCCAAGCCUCUGGUUGCAGUAAUAAACGGCCCAGCUAUAGGAAUCUCUGUAGCCCUUCUGGGACUGUUUGAUGCUAUCUAUGCAUCAGACAUGGCAACAUUUCAUACUCCGUUUACCUCCCUUGGUCAGUGCCCAGAAGCAUGCUCCUCUUACACAUUUCCGAAGAUAAUGGGCUCAGCAAAGGCAGCUGAGAUGCUUCUCUUUGGGAAGAAGCUCACAGCAAGAGAGGCCUGUGCUCAAGGCCUCGUCACUGAAGUUUUUCCUGACAGCACUUUUGAGAAAGAAAUCUGGACCAGGCUGAAAGCGUAUGCGAAGCUCCCACAAAAUUCCCUGAGAAUUUCCAAACAGUUAAUCAGAAAAGAUGAGAAAGAAAAGCUCCACGCAGUUAAUGCUGAAGAGUGCAGUACCAUCAAAGCAAUGAUGCUGUCAGAGGAAUACAUCAACGCUAUCAAGAGCUUCUUAUCCAGAAAGUCAAAGCUGUGAAGCCCAUCAUAGCAGUUAGACUUCUCAAAGGAAGUAUGUGCCUUCUGUGUUUCGGGUUUCUGGUAUACGAAGAACGCCCUUCACUGUGCUC